AUGGCUGUCGGGGUGCUGCCCGGCCAGGCGAAUGGCUGGCCUCACAAACUGUCCUUUGAUUCGGACACAGAAGUCGAGUCCCCGCCUCUCUCCAUACCUCCGUCGCCAGUGGAUGGAUCAGGAGCCUUCCACCGCCCUUUCUUCUCGGAAGUCGUGCCGCUCUGCGACCUGUACACCAUCACGCAUGUUAUCCUUCUUCCCAGUUCUUUGUGCACCUCAUACACCCCUUUCCCUUCGCGUAACGUGGUGAGCACCACCAACGGGGUCAAUGGCCACCGAGCCAAGCCUGAGUCGAGCAAUCAGUUCGCCAGCAAUCGGUUCGCCGACACUCUCACGAACCUUGGCCUCGGCUCUGCAGAGUGGGCGUCAACCGGCGUGUCAGUGUUCACCGCCAUCCUCCCCUCCACAGAUGGUUACGUCAGUCGCGCCGGCUUCCUGCGCCUCCGACUUCAAGAUUUCCCGUUCCCAAUUUCCAAGAUCCGGGAAUGUGUAGAGCCGCUCAGGAAGUACACCUCCUGCAAGGUAUCCUCUGCAUCUGUCAAUUCGGAGGACGGCCUGGCCAGCCUCAUCGAGCAGGCCGCAGGAGUCAUCCAGUGGGCUGAUCUGGAGGCUUCCGUCUCCAUUCUUGACCUCCAGCGUUACUUGCUAGGGUUGACCCAAGAGCUCCGGGACCGCUUGAACAAUGCGCCCUGGCUCACUUCACACCCUAUUGCCCGCAAGCGCGUUGCCCUAGUCAGGGGCCGGCCCAACCUCACCGCAGGCGGGCCCGUCUACCGAGCUGCCAAGGCGCUGGGCCUCGACCUGGUCAUCGUCGACGAGGAAGGUCACUGGCUGCAAGCGGACACAGACGAGAACAGGAUGCACUGUGAGGCAUUCCUGGCCACCGAUAUGACCGAAGACGCGGGGGUCGUGGACCGCAUCAUCGCCUCCAUCACGCGCUACCCGCUCCCCAUCCACGGCGUCUUCACGCUCUCCGACAAUUUCUUCGUCACCGUCGCCAAGGUCGCCGAAGCCCUCGGCCUCCCCGCCAGCCCCGUCUCAGCGUUCGAAACCUCCGUGGACAAGUACCGCUCCCGCCUUCUGCAAGACAGCCCGGGGCAUACAGCGCGCGUGUCGAGCGUCGAGGAACUUCAAUCCCUCCUCUUACCAUCCUCCUCCUCCUCCUCAACCGAUCUUCUGAAUAACAACAAACCCGCUUUCACCCCUACAUACCCCCUGAUUGUAAAGCCAACCAAGGGCUGGUCAUCCGAGUGCGUGAGCAAGGUAACAUGCCCCGCCGACCUCCCGGCGGCAGUAGCGAAGGCCACGGCGCGCCACGGCAGCGCCGCCGUCAUCGAGCCCUUCUUCGACGGCCCCGAAAUCGACGUCAACUUUGUCUUGCUCGACGGCCAGGUGCUGUUCUGCGAAAUCGCCGACGAGCCGCCCUGUCAGGCCGACGCGCGCGAUGCCGGGGUCGAUGCGACGUUCAGCCCGGAGGCGCUCACCCUGCCGAGUGCCCUGCCGAGCGAGGAGCAGGUGAUUGCGAGGGAGACGCUGAGGGAUAUUCUCGUGAAGCUUGGGUUUAGGACGGGCGUGUUCCACGUUGAGGCUAGGAUGGUGAAUUCGAACGUGGAGUAUAAGGAUCUCGGGGGAGGAGUCGUGGACUUUGUGCCGAAGCAGGAGGAGGGACUGCUGCCGGGAGAGAAGGCGGCGUGCAAACUUGUCGAGAUCAACGCCCGCCCGCCCGGGUACCGGGUCAGCGUGCCCUCGCGUCACACGUACGGCGUGGAUUUCUUUGCGGCGCACAUGCUCGCUGCCGUGGGCGAUGCGGAGCGGCUGAGGCUGGCGGCGCGGUCGUUUGACCAUGCGUGCGAGGGCAGAACGCGCGGCACGCAGUAUUGGUCCAGGCUGGUGUACGUCCCUGCGCCGAAGGAGGGCCGUGUCAGGUGGGCCUCUUCGGGGCUGUCGCCGUGUGAGGAGCUAAAGCGGCGCAGGCCGGAUCUGAAGGACAGGAUUGUGGUCGCGGUGGAUUACUGCGCGCCGGGCGAGAAGGUGACCAUGUACACGGACGGGGCCAGGACAUAUGUCGCGCACUUGUUGGUCUGCAGCCGGGUGAGCAGGAGGGAUGCGAUUGAGGUGGGCGACGAGGUGUUGAAGGCAUUCAAAAUCGACAUCGAGGGGGACUAG